AGGCUGGCGAGACUGGACGAAGGGCCAGGGCACCGAGGCUUCGCUGAAGGUGAGGGCUUCGCUGCCCUCGGCGCCGAACGCCUUCGGCCACGCGUGGAGCCCGGACGGUUCCUUCAUCGGCUCCGUGACCGACGCUGGGGUGGCCGUCUACGACGCGAGGAAUGAUUACAAGCAAGUCCUCGAGAUGGAGAGGGUUGCUCCAGACGUCGGCGGGCGCAUGGGCGGCGCGCGGAAUCUCUACUUCUCCCCGCAGAACUCGUUCCUGGUCUCCUACGAGAAGUGGGACCCACAGUACCCCGACAACGUCCACGUGUGGGACCUGCGGGAGGAGCAGGCCGGCAAGCGGCUGCACUCCUGCUCCCUCAAGCACUACACCAGCGGGGCUCUGCCGAUGCAGGUGGUCAAGUGGACCUCCGACGAGGCCCUGUGCCUGCUGUACGUGCCAGGCCAGGGCGUGCUCAUGCGGAAGGGGGACCUCUCCGACGACGGCGAGAACGUGAAGACCAUUCCCGAGGAGAACAUCUCCAAUUUUGAGCUCUGUCCUGGGUCGACGGGAGAAAACUGUUACAUCGCGUUCUCCGUCCCAGAGAAAGACAGCAUCGUCGCGAAGGCCACACUGUGGAGCAUCGGAGACGUCAAGAAGCCGAUCCUCUCGCUCCCGACCACCUCGAAGGUGAAGGACCUUACUCUGAAGUGGAACGCCGAGGGCAAUGCGCUGCUCAUCCUGGCCAGCAGCGACGUCGACGAGACGGGCAACUCGUACUUUGGCACCACGCACCUGUGGUUCGCGAAGGUGGACGGCAAGUCCAAGCCCCUGAAGAUCUGCGGCGCGGAGGAGGGCCUCGUGCAGGACCUGUCUUGGAACCCGGCCAAGAAUGAGUUCGCCACCAUCGUCGGCAGUUUCCCCGCCACCGUCGCGCUCUACGACGGCAAGACGGGGAAGCUCACCUCGACGUUGGGCACGACGAAACGCAACACACUGAGGUGGAAUUCCUUCGGGCGCUUCCUGGCCGUCGGAGGCUUCGGGACCCUGCCGGGGGACUUGGACUUCUUCGACCGGAGCUGCGAGGAAACCGUCAGCUCGCUGCGAGCGGCGUUGACGGUGAAUUGCGAAUUUGCCCCAGACGGAAGGCAGUUUCUCACAAGCACCGUCGCGCCGCGAAUGAACGAGGGCAACCAGAUCACCAUCUUCAGGUACACUGGCGAGACCCUCAUCCGGAUCGACUACGUCCCAGAGAAGGUGGAGGGCCGGCACGAGGACACGGGUGCCGGCGCAAGGACGAAGACGCAGGCCCUGCUCUUUGCGGCCAGUUGGCGCCCGUGUCCGGACACCUACAAGGACACGCCCGCAACCCCGAGGCCAGCUGGUGCCCCAAAGCGGAAGAAGGGCUUGCCAGAGGGCCAGACCGCGGAGGUGAAGACGACGGCGGCGUGGGCGGUCAAGGGCCCAGGAGCCAGCUCUGGAGGCUCCCUCGUGGCCGCCAUGAUGCGCGGCGAGGUGAACCUCCCUUCGAACGACGCCCCCUCGGGUGGCCGCGGUGGACCCGGCUGGGACACGGAGGUGGCGAAGCCGCUGGAGGAGUGGGAGAUUCGGAAGCUGGAGAAGGAGCGGCAGAAGGAGGCAGAGAAGAAGGCGGCCGAGGAGGUGCAGGCGCGAAAGCAGAAGGUCGCCAGCGUCGAGCAGGCGGAGAAGGAUAGCAAGAAGAGGCUGAAGGAGCUCAAGCAGAAGCUCGAGGAGCUGGAGGCGCUCAAGGACAAGGAGUGGGACGAGCUGACUGAGGAGGACGAGGCCGAGCUGGAGGGCGAGAUCGAACUGCGGGACGAGAUCAAGCUGCUCGAGAAAAAAAUCGGCGCAGCCUGACGCUGGCGCAGACCCCGGCUGUGUGAAGGUGGAGGGGCUCGACGCUAAAGCCCCCGCGCCCCGGCGCUCCGGCACAGCACCGGGCGCUGUAAGCUGGCGCGGGCGCAGCAUUGGCCCGCACGAGUCUUAUCGGCUUCCUUCUCCACCCCCCCUUCCUCCUC